AUGGCUUCUUUUACUGUUAAGCUUUUCGUUCUAAUUUCUCUUUUCAAUGUGUGUUUUGCUUCAAGAAUGCUUACCUCUUUGGUCCAAAACCAGCAAAACCAGCUCUUGAAAUACCACAAAGGCCCACUUCUCACUGGCAAGAUUUCUGUAAAUCUCAUAUGGUAUGGCAAGUUCAAACCUUCCCAGAGAGCUAUUGUAGCUGAUUUCAUUACCUCUCUGUCAGCUCCGACCACCGCCAAAAGCCAACCAUCGGUUGCCAACUGGUGGAAGACCACCGAGAAAUACUACCAUUUGGUGAACUCUAAGAAAUCCUCUACGCUCGCAUUGUAUUUGGGUAAACAAGUACUCGUGGAAAGUUACUCGUUCGGAAAAUCGCUCACACAGAAACAAAUUGUUCAGUUAGCAUCAAAGGGCGAGCAGAAGAAUGCUAUUAACGUUGUUCUUACAUCCUCGGACGUCACCGUUGAUGGGUUCUGCUUGAACCGGUGUGGAUCUCACGGUUCCAAAAGUACCCCUGUGAAAGGGAAGAAUGACAAGUUUGCCUACAUCUGGGUUGGCAACUCCGAAACUCAGUGUCCUGGAUACUGUGCAUGGCCAUUCCAUCAGCCCAUUUAUGGCCCACAAAGCCCACCAUUAGUUGCGCCCAACAACGAUGUGGGCCUGGAUGGUAUUGUUAUCAACUUGGCUAGCCUUUUAGCUGGAACUGCAACCAACCCAUUCGGAAAUGGGUACUAUCAAGGCCCAUCUGGUGCACCAUUGGAGGCUGCCUCUGCCUGCCCUGGAGUCUACGCUAAAGGGGCUUACCCGGGUUACGCUGGGGAUUUAUUGGUGGACCCUACUACUGGAGCUAGCUACAAUGCGCAUGGUGCUAAUGGAAGGAAAUACUUGCUUCCUGCACAUAUACUAGGAAGGUGA